AUGAAUUCUCCGGGCGGCAGAGGGAAGAAGAAAGGCUCCGGCAGCGCCGCGCCCGCUGGGCCCCCGCCCCCCUGCGCGGGCCCCGCCCCUCCCGCGGCCGCCGGCCAGUCCCCGCAUAAGCGGAACCUCUGCUACUUCUCGUACCCGCUGCUGGCCACCUUCGCGCUGCUCCGCUUCGUCGCCUUCCACCUGGGGCUCCUCUUCGUGUGGCUCUGCCAGCGCUUCUCCCGCGCCCUCAUGGCCGCCAAGAGGAGCACCCGGGCGGCGGCCACGGCGGCCACCGGGCCGGGGGCGGCGGCCUCGGCCCCGGCCCCGCCACCCGUGCCGGCGGGCGGGGAGGCCGAGCGGGUCCGCGCCUUCCACAAGCAGGCCUUCGAGUACAUCUCCUUCGCCCUGCGCAUAGACGAGGACGAGAAAGCAGGACAAAAGGAUCAAGCUGUGGAAUGGUAUAAAAAAGGAAUUGAAGAGCUAGAGAAAGGAAUAGCUGUUGUAGUCUCAGGACAAGGUGAUCAGUAUGACAGAGCUAGGCGCCUUCAAGCUAAAAUGAUGACUAAUUUGGUCAUGGCCAAGGACCGUUUACAACUUCUAGAGAAGCUGCAACCAGUUUUGCAAUUUCCCAAGUCACAAACGGACGUCUAUAAUGACACUACUAACCUGACAUGCCGCAAUGGACAUCUCCAGUCAGAAAGUGGAGCUGUUCCCAAAAGAAAGGACCCAUUAACACACACUAGUAAUUCACUUCCUCGGUCAAAAACUGUUGCAAAAACCGCAUCCACGGGUCUUUCAGGUCACCACAGAGCACCUAGUUGUAGUGGGCUAUCCAUGCUCUCUUCAGCUAGACAGGGAACUGUCCCUGCAACUACAUCUCAUAAGGGCACUCCCAAAACUAAUAGGACAAAUAAGCCUUCAACUCCUAUGACUGCUGCUCGAAAAAAGAAAGAUUUGAAGAAUUUUAGGAAUGUGGACAGUAAUCUUGCUAAUCUUAUUAUGAAUGAAAUUGUUGACAAUGGAACAGCUGUCAAAUUUGAUGAUAUAGCUGGACAAGAGUUAGCAAAGCAAGCAUUACAAGAAAUUGUUAUUCUUCCUUCCCUUAGACCUGAGUUAUUCACAGGGCUUAGAGCUCCUGCUCGAGGAUUGUUGCUAUUUGGCCCACCUGGAAAUGGAAAAACUAUGCUGGCCAAAGCAGUAGCUGCAGAGUCCAAUGCAACUUUCUUUAAUAUAAGUGCUGCAAGUUUAACCUCAAAAUAUGUAGGUGAAGGAGAGAAAUUGGUAAGAGCUCUUUUUGCUGUGGCUAGAGAACUUCAGCCUUCUAUAAUUUUCAUAGAUGAAGUUGACAGUCUUUUAUGUGAAAGAAGAGAAGGAGAACAUGAUGCUAGUAGACGUUUAAAAACUGAAUUUUUAAUAGAAUUUGAUGGUGUACAGUCUGCUGGAGAUGACAGAGUCCUUGUAAUGGGCGCAACUAACAGGCCACAAGAGCUUGAUGAGGCUGUUCUCAGGCGUUUCAUCAAACGAGUGUAUGUGUCUUUACCAAAUGAGGAGACUAGACUACUUUUACUAAAAAAUCUAUUAAGCAAACAAGGAAGCCCAUUGACCCAAAAAGAGCUAGCCCAGCUAGCUAGAAUGACUGAAGGAUACUCAGGAAGUGAUUUAACAGCACUUGCAAAAGAUGCAGCCCUGGGUCCCAUACGAGAACUGAAACCAGAACAAGUGAAGAAUAUGUCUGCCAGUGAGAUGAGAAAUAUUCGAUUAUCUGAUUUCACCGAGUCCUUGAAAAAGAUAAAGCGCAGUGUGAGCCCUCAAACCCUAGAAGCAUAUAUCCGUUGGAACAAGGACUUUGGAGAUACUACAGUUUAAAGAAGUACUUAUGUGAAACUGAGGAGAUUAUGUUUACCUGCCAAGAAGGAAAAACAUUAUUUGCAAGGAGCAGCUGGUUUAAACUGCUGAAAUUUGGCCCGAGUUUAUGGGAUCUUACAGAUUCUUACAACUAUUUGUGCACUAAACUUGAAACUGAACCAGAAAGUAAAUUUGAAUAAAAACAUACAAUGUGAAUAGAA